AUGACAACCCGUAGAGCAUUUGCCCGCCAGGAGGAGUCUAAACUCCAAUUGGCUUUACAGGAACUAAAAGUAAGUAAGGAUUUGUGUGCUCAACUGCAUAGUGAAAGAGAGGAAAAUGAAAAAGAAUUAUUGACAAUAUUAAAAAGUAAUGACAAGUUAAAAGCUUCAUUGACACGGUUACAUAUAGAUCAUAGUGAUCUUUCAGAGGAGAGAGACAGAUUAAAAUCAAUAGUAGUUAGUUUUGAUGAGUGUGCGGUGGAGUAUGAACAGGCACUGAAGCGGAUCACCACACUGGAGUGCGAGCUGCGAGAUGCACAAAAAUAUAUCUCUGAGCUGGAAGAGAGUGCCCAUCAAGCAACAGCACUGCACACUCAUAGCUUGUUCGAAGAGUUAGUUGAGAACGCUCCAGAGUUGGUUGAUGUUACAAUUGAAAACCCGGUAACUAUAGAUCUUACAAAUGAUACCUUACCAGCACAACGGUUAGACAAUUGUAGCAACAAUAAACUAAAAAAGUACAUAAAAGUAAAUAAAUUAAUAAAGAAAACAAAAAAGAUAUUAAGUAAAAACAAAUGUAUUUCCAAAAUAUAUAAAAAUAACAGUUCACUAUUGUCAAAAUUUAAUGUUUGUAAAUUAGAAUUGGAAAAAUAUAAGCCAGAGAUA